AGUGGGGUGGGUUUUGUUGUUUAAAUACUCCUUAGGUAGUUGACGACUCCUUGCUCUUCUCUGUUUCCUGCUGUGGUUGCUCCAUCUUUCUUCUGAUUAAGGUGUGUUUGAGUUCUAAUAGACAUUUCUGCAAUUCCUGGAUCUGAACUGUGAAAUCUCUUUUGCAGCUCUGCUCCAUUGAUCUCUUUAGCUGCCUUUGUAUUAGCACAAUCCACUCGAGAUGGAAAUAGAAGAAGCUACUCAGUCAGAAGAUCAGCAUGGAGAAGAUCAUGAAGGCGGAGAGGAACAGUGGAAAGGGAAUGACCACCAAGUGAUUUUGAAGGCAGAGCCAAAAAGAUCCAAUAUAUGGGACAUCUUCUCCAAUCUCUUUUACUGCCUUAGCAGGCUCUGCUGCAUCAAAAUUCCCAAAUGGGAUAUCAAAGAAACUACCCAUUCAGAAGAUCUGAUAUCUAUGGCAUCUUCCUCAUCGACCUCUCCACAGGUAGGUGAUUGUGAAGGCAGAACCCAAAGACGAAAGCAAAUGAUUAUAACGUGUUCUUGAGUUUUAGAGGGGAAGACACUCGCAAAGAUUUUACCGAUCAUCUCUAUCAUAGCCUUCUCAGCGCAGGAAUUCACACGUUUAGAGACAACGAGGCGCUCCACGUUGGUGAGGAGAUUGGUGAGGAGCUUCUCUGCUGUAUCAAGCAGUCCAAGAUCUCAAUCCCAAUUAUCUCAAAGCACUAUGCUUCCAGCAAAUGGUGCCUUCGUGAGCUAACUCAGAUGUUGAAGUGCAAGAAAAGCGGAGGGCAUAUAGUAUUGCCCAUAUAUUACAAAGUGGAGCCCUCACAAUUGCAACAUCGUACAGGAAAUAUAGGAGAUGCUAUCAAAGCACAUAAAAAGAAAGUGGACAAAAUGGAAGUGAAGGAUUGGGAAGAAGCUCUCGAAGAAGUCGGUUCCUUGAAAGGAUGGGAAUCAGAGAAAGUUCAUGCCGGGCAUGAAGGAGCAUUGAUUAAAAUUGUUGUGAAUAAAGUUAUGAGCGAGUUAAAAAGACUUUUUAAGCUAAUUGUUCCCAAACAAUUGGUGGGAAUUGAUUAUCAUGUGGAACAAAUUAUGAAAUUGGUAAAUCCUAAUUCCGAUGGUACUAACGUUAUUGGAAUUCAUGGAAUGAGCGGCAUUGGCAAGACCACUCUUGCAAAGAUGUUAUAUAACGAAAGCUUUAGUCAUUUUAAUUAUCAUAGCUUUGUGGCAAAUAUUCGAGAUACAUCUCAGCUCAAUGGUAUUGAAAGCGCACAAAAGCAGCUCAUUUCUAACAUAACAGGAAGUUCUUGUGAUGUGUCUAAUGUUGAUGAGGGAAUCAAUAUCAUCAAGUCUCGAUUCAUGCAUAAGAAAAUUCUCAUUCUUCUUGAUGAUAUAGAUGAAAAUACUCACUUGGAUGCUUUGGCUGGAGAUGGUAGUUGGUUUAAAGAAGGAAGUAUGGUCAUCAUAACAACUCGAAACAAGAGCAUACUUGACAGAGCUAGGGCAGGCCACAUGUACCAACUCAAUGAGUUGCCUUUGGAUCAAUCACUAAUUUUAUUUAGUAAACAUGCAUUUCGAAAUGAUUAUCCUCCAAGUAAUUAUGAGAUUAUCUCUCGUGAGAUUGUAUCUACUACCGCGGGGCUUCCUUUAGCCCUUGAAAUUAUAGGUUCAUUCUUAUGUGGAAAGAGAGAAGCGGUAUGGAAGGAUACAUUAAAGAAAUUAAAGAAAGUGCCUCAUAAGGAAGUGCAAAAGAAAUUGAGAAUAAGUUAUGAUGCAUUAGAUGAGGAGGAGCAAUGUAUAUUUUUGGACAUUGCAUGUUUUUUCUCUGGAAUGUCUAAACAAAGUCCAAUCUAUAUGUGGGAUGCUUGUAACUUUUCACCUGAAAUGAGGAUUGAAGAUUUAAGUCUUUUGUCUCUAAUUAAAAUUGAGGACGGCAGAAUAGUGAUGCAUGAUCAAUUAAGAGAUCUUGGAAGGGCAAUUGUUUGUCAAAAAGUCCAAUGGAGCCUCAAAAGCAGAGCAGAUUAUGGAUUUAUGAGGAAGCCGUAGACGUGCUUGUCAAAAACAAGGGCACUAGUGAGAUUCAGGCCCUUUGUCUUAACAAAUAUGACCAGCGAACCUACUCACAUGAACAAUUUAAAGAACUGACCAAUUUAAGGUUCCUUCAAGUAAAUGGUGUGAAUCUAGAUGGAAAUUUCUGGAACUUACUUCCUCAAUUAAGAUGGCUUUGGUGGGAGCGUUGUCCCUCAGAUUUUGCAGCAACCAACUUUCAUCCAGAGAAAUUAGUUGUGCUCGAUCUCUCGUGGGGUACAAUUUCUGAGGACUGGGGAGGAUGGGCUCUACUCAAGAUGGCAACCAAGCUCAAAGUUCUCAACCUCUCGUAUUGUCGUUCUUUAACAAGAACUCCAGACUUUUCCGUAUUUGAAAGCUUGGAAAUUUUGAAUCUUGAAAGAUCUUCAGAUCUAAAUGAGAUUCAUCCUUCUCUUGGGGACGUCAAGACCCUUGUCUCCUUGAAUGUCAAACAUUGUAUAAGAUUGAAGGAGCUACCGGCAGGAGUAGGUAGAAUGGAAGAAUUGAAGGAGCUUAUCUUGUAUGAUAGUGCCAUAAAAGAGAUUCCUAUUUCAAGAGGUUGCUUGACGAAGCUGGAGAUUCUAGAUGCCACGUUAUGUGAAAAGCUUGCUCAACUUCCGGAGUUCAUGGACUGCCUUGUGUCAUUAACUAAGUUGAACCUAGAUUUUUGUCCAAUAGCCAGCAUACCCAGCUCCAUAGGCCAUCUACCGUCCUUGGAGCAAUUGUCAUUACAUGGAUGUUGGUUAUUGAGAGAGAUCCCAGACUCGAUUGGCCAAUCAGAAUCAUUGACUGAGCUGGAUUUAAAAUGGACAGCAAUUCCAGAAUUUCCUGAAAGGAUUGGGAAUCUGCAUAAAAGAGGGUCUUGGACAUACGUGAACUCAAAUAACAAAAUCGCCUAGAGGGCGGAGGCAAUUCAGAAGCCAACAUAGGGCAGCUGCUGAACAUGGAGAAGCAAAUGAGGUUGGCCGGCCACGGCACUGGGACGAAGUAGGCGGUGAUGGAGAUUUCGAAGCUGUGCUUCGAGGGAAAGCCCUGGAGAAACCCCGAAUGACCAGAUUGUUUUGUUGCCCAAAUGAUUAGCUAGUCAACUGCUGAGUGCUGGCUUUCGCAUUAGUGCCAGGCGAUGGUAUUGGGCAACUGAAUUAGGGGAUCCAAAGUGUUUUUACCCAAACUUGUUUGUUUAAUACCAUGAGUAAUGUUUGUGUGCGGCAUUGUUGAGAUAGCGGAUGGACCAUCUCUUAAAUGAUUUGUUAUUAGGGUCCGUCAGCUCAUUUUUUGCAAUUUUUAUUUUAUUUUAUUUUUAUUGAAGUAAACUUAACACCGGAAAUAGUUUAUUCAAGUUGGC